UUCCGGGCGGGGCGGUGAGGCGCGGGGCCGCGGCCGCGUCCCGGGGCGCCCGCCGGUCCCUCCGCUCCCGUCGUCCCUGGGGUCGCCGCCCGCGGGGCCGGGCCGCCUCUCCCGUCCCCGCCCGGCCGCGGAGGAGCGCGUCGGGAUGGCGGCCGGCGGGUACGGGCGGUACCGGGCCGUGAUCUUCACGGCCAUGUUCGUUGGAUACACGCUCUACUACUUCAACCGCAAAACCUUCUCGUUCGUCAUGCCCGCUGUCAUGGCCGAGGUGCCGCUGGGGAAGGACGAUCUGGGGCUCAUCACGAGCAGCCAGGCCGCGGCCUACGCCGUCAGCAAGUUCGUCAGCGGCGUCCUCUCCGACCGGGCGAGCGCCCGCUGGCUCUUCUCCUCCGGGCUGCUGAUGGUGGGCCUGGUCAACGUGGUGUUCUCCUGGAGCUCCGCCGUCACGGCCUUCGCGGGGCUCUGGUUCCUCAACGGCCUGGCCCAGGGGCUGGGCUGGCCACCCUGCGGGAAGAUCCUCCGAAAAUGGUUUGAGCCUUCCCAGUUUGGGACUUGGUGGGCAAUCCUGUCUACAAGCAUGAACUUGGCUGGAGGCUUAGGCCCCAUUGUCGCUGCUCUCGUGUCUCUGAACUACGAUUGGCGCAUGACUUUGUCCUUCUCUGGCUUCACCUGCGUGGUUGUCUCUUUUGUUUGCCUUGUCCUGAUUAAAAACGAGCCAUCGGAUGUUGGGCUACCCAACAUUGAACAAGGAGCCAAGAAAGGGAAGAAAGGUUCCUCCAGUGACAACAGCACUUUGACGGAGCUGCUGCUCUCACCGUACCUCUGGGUGCUCUCAACGGGCUACCUGGUUGUGUUUGGAGUGAAAACAUGCUGUACCGACUGGGGACAGCUCUUCCUGAUCCAGGAGAGGGGACAGUCCGUGCUCGUGGGCAGUUCCUACAUGAGCGCCUUGGAGAUCGGGGGCUUGGUGGGAAGCAUCGCUGCCGGAUACCUUUCUGACAGAGCGGUAGCAAGAGUGGGUCUGUCAAGCUACGGGAAUCCUCGGCACACGCUGCUGCUCUCCAUGAUGGCCGGGAUGUGCGUGUCCAUGUUUCUCUUCCGUGUCACGGUCACGGGCGAUUCUCCCAAGCUGUGGAUCCUGACUCUGGGAGCUGUGUUUGGGUUCUCCUCGUAUGGGCCGAUCGCCCUGUUCGGGGUUAUAGCCAACGAAAGCGCCCCUGCCAACCUCUGCGGCACCUCCCACGCCAUCGUGGCCCUCAUGGCCAACGUUGGGGGGUUUCUGGCUGGGCUGCCCUUCAGUACCAUUGCCAAGCACUACAGCUGGGCCACAGCCUUCUGGGUAGCCGAAAUCACCUGCACCGCUAGCACAGUGGCUUUCUUCUUGCUGCGGAACAUCCGCACCAAGAUGGGCCGGAUUCCCAGGAAGGCUGACUGAGGAUAAGCUGCUUGGUGAAAAGGAUGCUCCCACGCCGAUGUGAAUGAUGCCUGUUUUUUGUUUAGGAGCGAGUUUACCUAUUGCUGCAACCUAGAUAAAAAGUGUCUCAAUUUCUUGUCCACUGUCACGUGCCCAAGGGCACAAAGUUCCUGCUACCCAUCGCUUUUUCCCUCAAGAUGUGAUAAUUCAGCUAGUUUACAAUCGCAGUGAUUUUACCGUACCUCCUCCCAGCACUGCCGAUGAAGUGGAGAAGCCUGUGCUUCUCCACUGGAAGUGCUCUGAAGUGACCGGCUCCAGGCGCCGUCACGUUUAGUUUUGUCCUUACUGUUCAUCGCCACCAGUAGCUGUCGGUUCAGCCUCGUCGUUCAGGGGCACGUCCCCUCCGGCUGCUGUCAGCCCAGCGCUCUCAGCUUACUUGGGUGCAGGCUCCCUGCGCGCUCUCGGCCCGGGCAUGGCGAGGGAUGGGCGUUACAGCUCGGCCUCGCGGCCGAUGUGAGAGCAGCCUGGCUUUAGCAUUUCCCAGGGUUCGCUGUUAGAAGCGAGGGGGGCAUUUCGCUCUGGACAAGCGGAACGCCGCCGCGGCGCUGCGGCAGGGCUCGCCGCAGCACUUGGGAACAGGCACGUUUCCAAGACAUUCUUGGCACUUCAGGGGCGAGCGUUUAGAGAAGCUCCUUCUGCCGAGCAGAUCCUGCCCGGUGCCAUCUCUGUGCAUGGGGUUAAUGAUUUGCAAGGGAGGCAGCUGCUGCCAGGUCAGCGUGUAGCAAAUCGGCCAGGAAACGCGACCAGGCAGCGGGUAUUGCGAGAGCGGCUAACUCUGGCCCACAGCUCCCCCAGCUGGGUUUGGUGAAACCCGUUCGUUCCAGCAUUGGCUUGUAUUUUUCAGUACAAGGUGCAUAGUCUAGGAUGUUUUAAGUCAAGAGCUGCGCCUCUCACAGCCGCGGGCAGGGGCUUGGGCUGCCUGAGAGCCGGCCUUAGCAGAGCCACCACUGACGGCCGGCAGCCUCGAGCCGUCACGCCCGGCCCUCUUCACAAUGAGCGGGCUCAGGGUUUUAACCGGGAUUUUGCUGAAUGUCCUUGUUUUUGCCCGAAAGGAUUUACUCCUUUAGGGUCCUGGGAGAGGCAAGUUCAACUCGUGAAGAACCCACACGCAGGUACUUUGCUGAACAGUUUGGUUGCAAGAGUAGGUAGCCAGCCUUAAUUAAAACAAUGGGUGUGAAUUACAUUUUGUACUUAAUUAUGUGAUCUUCUACUAUCUGUGCAAUAAAAACGGAGCAGUGUCA